AUGAACAGCAUGCCCUCGCCCCAUCAGCUGUGGCAUCAGCGCGCGCCCGGUGCCCCACGGAGGCGCGGAGGAGCGCGAGGCAUUCUCGGUCACCUUCUUUUGUGGUCGAUCGCCGUGGCCCUGUUGGCCGCCGGCGCUGUGGGGUCCAACUUCGUGGCUGCAGAGGGAGCGGGCCGCCCCGCCCUGAGGCUGCUGCCCUCCAGAUACCCGCCCAAGAGAGGCGCGGUGUCCGCACGGCCAGCAUCCUCCUCUGCUCAGUCGGAAGGCCAGAGCAACGGCAUUGCUUUGCUGAACUUGGUCACCAUGCUGUUCGGAAGCAACCAGGUCCUCAUCAAGACCCUGGAGACGGAUGACGCGACUGCUGGCGCCAUGGACAGUUGCCUUUGCAUGACGCUCCGCUUCGGAAUUGCGGCCCUGGCACUGGGCGCUGCGAUCUUCGUCGGCCGCUUGAUGAGCGGCCCACAGAAGGAGGCAGCUCCCACCGAAGCCGAAGCGAAAGAUGCCGGGGAGACGAUGAGCAACUGCGUGCUGAUCUGCGGAGCGGAGCUCUCUGUGUGGCUCUUCCUGGGCUUCAUGCUCCAGGCCGUGGGCCUGCAGUACACCACCGCCUCGUCUGGUGCGCUUUUAGGAAGCCUCACCAUUGUCAUCGUUCCCUUGCUGAGCCUGCUCGAUGGCCGGCGGAUCAACAAGCUGACGUGGGGAUCUGUCGGUCUGGCAGCUGCAGGCACCGCCCUUUUCGUCGGCCCGAACGCUUUGGCAGGCGCUUUCUGCAGCUUGGGCGACGUGAUGGAACUGGGCAGCGCGGCGCUCUUUGCAGUGCAGAUGUGGAGGUGUGAGAAGCUCAUCCGCCAAUUUCCCGAGAGCCAGGUGGCCGCGCUCACCUGCCUGCAGCUGGCUUUCGUCUCAGGUCUCUCCUUCGUUUGCGUCCUGGCGCAGGGAUCCUCACCGGAGUCCGUCGUGGAGACGGUGUCGGCGUUCCCUCCAGGCGAAUGGCUUCAAGUGGUCGUCAUGGGUUUGGUCACCACGGCCUUCUGCCUCUGGGCCGAGGCCCGCGCCUUGCGAGACGUGGAUGCACCGAUUGCGGCGCUGAUCUACGCAUGUGAGCCCAUUUGGGGUGCUGUCUUCGCGUAUCUUUGGCGAGGAGAGAUGCCCGACGGGCCCUGUGCUGUGUGUGGCGCCGGGCUUUUGCUGGUGGCUUCGAUGGCAGGCGUCUACGCCUCGUCGCAGCGCGACGAGGAGGAACCAAG